GUUGUUACUUACGGCUUUGAUUAGCUUUAAAUGCACCUUGUCGUUGUAACUAAGCGACUGUUAUUAUUACUUUGCCUUUCCCCAGGUUUCGAUCCUCAACUCUUGAUUUCUAGGGAUCAGACACCCUACAGUACUUGCCAUACAAUUUCUACGAUUCAACUCUCCUAGGGGUCAAUAAUAUUGGCCUCCUGCUCAAAAAAGUCUUUAAACUAUAACCUUAUAGUACUUAAAGGACAGGCCCGCAAUAUACAACAGAGCCCUACUUGAGAUAUUAAAUUACUUCCUCCAGUCAUAGAUAAAGGUAAUCAAUAUCACUCUUUGCGUUUCGGAACUAUUACUUUGGUUCUAUGUACAUUCAAUCUAACUUUUCGUAGAUGACGAAUUCAGCUGAGUCCCAUAAUAGCCAUAACAGUGGUGGGGACGGAGGAGAUGGGAGACGAUACGGAGGUGGUGGAGGUGGUCCAUACGGUGGUGGAGGGGGUGGUCAAUACGGAGGAGGAGGAGGUGGUGGUCCACACGGUGGUGGUGGAGGAGGUGGUCAAUACGGAGGAGGAGGAGGUGGUGAAUACGGAGGAGGAGGAGGUGGUGGUCCACACGGUGGUGGUGGAGGAGGUGGUCAAUACGGAGGAGGCGGAGGUGGUCCAUACGGUGGUGGAGGAGGUGGUCAAUACGGUGGUGGAGGAGGUGGUCAAUACGGAGGAGGCGGAGGUGGUCCAUACGGUGGUGGAGGUGGUGGUCCAUACGGUGGUGGAGGAGGUGGUCAAUACGGAGGAGGCGGAGGUGGUCCAUACGGUGGUGGAGGUGGUGGUCCACACGGUGGUGGUGGAGGAGGUGGUCAAUACGGAGGAGGCGGAGGUGGUCCAUACGGUGGUGGAGGUGGUGGUCCACACGGUGGUGGUGGUGGGGGCGGCGGCGGCAGCGGAGGUUGUUGAAGUAGGUUCAAAGGUAUGAAGUUGUUGUUCUCAUUAUGAGGAGCAGGUGGACUGCAUAUAUACUCUGUAUACAUGUACAGAGUACUAUGAGUAUACACACAGACCCACAUUUCGUUCAAAACCUCACAGCCACCAUGAUAUUCAACAGAGGUCGCGAUUUAUCUGAGGUGUCAGACUAUGAACACAAGGCAGAAAUUCUGCCGCCGCUA